GCAGUACUUCCGCCGAAAGGCGGAAACGUUGUGAGAACACAACAAAAAAAACGUAACAGCCUAACAUCGCGAAAACAUGGCCGAAUACGGGAGUGUCCAGAAGGGUUCUCUAAAACUGAAAGGACUAGGGGAUCUAUCGUCAGCUAAGAAGAAGAAGAAGAAGGAGAAAGAAAAGAAGAAACUCGGCGAACAACAAUUUAGGCAAUCUCAAGACUCAGAGGAACAAAACGAGAAAACAUACAUCGACAAAAGGACACCAGCUCAAAUGUCCUUCGAUAAAAUUCAAGAAAGAAGACAAAUGGAACGUAUUCUGAAUAAAGCACAAAAAACCCACAAAAGGAGAGUUGAGGAAUUCAACAGACACCUGGAUACUCUCACUGAACAUUAUGAUAUUCCCAAAGUCAGUUGGACCAAAUAAACAGGUUGAUGCGUGGAUAUGGACUAUAGUGAUGCUCAGUUGGCCUCUUAAAAUGUGUAUUUCAUGAAACAUGGUCUUGAUUUAUUUACAACUGCAAUUGAUGUUAUCUGAGUGGAACAGUUCCAUUUUGCUUUUAGAAAUGUGCAAAAUGCAGCAGGUCAAAGGAUACAGUGCUUGAGCUUUUCUGUUAAUAGCAUUGUAUGACCAAUUCAUUUCCCAUGUCCUUUUGUAGUUGUUCUGUCCUUUAUUAAAACAGGCUCAGUAAAGUGAGGCUUGUGUUUUUUUUGUUUUUAAUAACCAAAUUUAGGUAUCACUGAUCAGGCAUUUCAGUUUGUAUAGCCAAUGGCUUUUUUGUGUUGCCAGCCAGCUUUUCUUUUGGGCAGUUUUAUUUCACAUGUUAAUGUUCUAAUUAUGAUUGAGCAGAUUUGUCGUUAAAAGGUUUAUGUUGUUUUUAAACAAAUGGAUGACAAAAUGGAUGAUCAAAUGGUGCGGUGGAAUAUUUCAGUUUAGUAAUAAACCUUUUUGUUGACAUUGUA